UGCCAGGGAAACAGGGAAGAGGCGCUUCGGUCCGCCCGGCUUGCAGGGGUCCCUCCGGGCAGAUAGCCUGACCCCUGCGGACCCCCACUGGCGGCCAAUUGCCGGGCCCCGCCGAACCCUGCCAGGCGAGGGGCUGCCCCGACCGCUGGGCAGGAGCGGGAAGGCCGCCCCGCCCCUCAGGCAGGCCCGAGGCGCGGCGGGAGCCCGGUGGCAGGAGGAAGGGAGGUUUGGCCGGGCCGUCAGUGCGGCCGGGCCGGAGCGGCGGGCGGGCGGCAUGGGACCGCUGCUGUGGUGGGACCAGCUGCGGGCCGGCAGCUCGGAGGUGGACUGGUGCGAGGACAACUACACCAUCGUGCCCGCCAUUGCCGAGUUCUACAACACGAUAAGCAACGUCUUGUUUUUUGUUUUACCACCCAUAUGUAUGUGCUUAUUCCGUCAAUACGCAACCUGUUUCAACAGUGGGAUAUAUUUAAUAUGGACUCUGCUGGUUGUGGUUGGAAUUGGUUCUGUUUACUUUCACGCCACCCUCAGUUUCCUCGGCCAGAUGCUGGAUGAGCUGGCUAUUCUCUGGGUCCUGAUGUGUGCUCUUGCCAUGUGGUUCCCUAGGAGAUACCUGCCCAGAGUUUUUCGGAAUGACAGGAGCCGAUUUAAAGCUGCCGUGGGUGUCCUAUCUGGAGUUACUACCUGCCUCGCCUUCAUUAAGCCUGCCAUCAACAACAUCUCCCUAAUGACUCUGGGUGUUCCCUGCACAGCUUUGCUUAUUGCUGAGUUGAAGAGGUGUGAAAACCUGCGUGUGUACAAACUGGGUCUCUUUUCAGGUCUUUGGUGGAUGCUAGCACUUUUCUGCUGGAUCAGUGACAAAGCGUUUUGUGAGAUCUGGUCCUCAUUUAACUUCCCCUAUUUGCACUGUGUAUGGCAUAUUUUGAUUUGCCUUGCGGCAUACCUGGGCUGUGUCUGCUUUGCUUACUUUGAUGCUGCCUCUGAGAUCCCUGAGCAGGGCCCUGUCAUAAAAUUCUGGCCCAGUGAAAGAUGGGCGUUCAUCGGGGUACCCUAUGUCACCCUCCUCUGUGCAAACAAGAAAACACCUGUGAAGAUCACAUGAAGUUGGCCAUGGAAUGGAGAUGGAGUUUCAACUUACAUUCCAGCACAGUAUUUAAAUUAUGGUAAAUGAAUAGGGUUGUAUUUUAUCUUCUUCCUAAGAUAUGCAGUGCUUCCGGUGUCAUAAAAAGAGGAGGCAUUUGUGUUCUUUCCUCUCUCUGGAGAGGAGAGAGAAAGAGGGAAAGUGGAGGCUCUUGAACACUAACCACUAGCUUCUCUGGUUGGCUCGGUUUUGCACUGUGUUUUCAAUGUAGCAUUUCUUUUGAUAAAAGCUCUUUCCAAAUACCAGGGUCAAGGAAUGAUGUUUCUGCAGUAGGUCACCUCUGGUGCUUGAUUCACUGCUUUUGAAACUUCUGGCUUAAGGCUUUCUUUGUGAAAGAAGCCAGUCCAAGAUGCCUACAUGCCAUCCUGUGUCCUUCUCAGCUCUGAUUUUGAUGUGGUUGCACAUGGCCACAAGAGUGUGCUCAAAGCAUGAGCUCCUCCCAGCCUGGCAUGUAACACAGGGAGUCCAGCUGUGCAUCACAUUGGAUCACAGAGUAUGUGGUUGCUUUCCCAAGUACAACAGAAGACCAGUGCUAAGUGUUUGCAACUGGGUAACUUGAUCAGUGCAAUUAGGCAGUGUAAAUGCAGGAAUAGCUAACAGAAGAUUCAGUCUUUAAAACUAAGUAGAAGUUCAAGGGUUUUGAAUUUUUCUGUAUUUCCACUGACCUGUGGACAUUUGUAUGCUGCAUAUUUCCCGUUUACAGACAUGUCACAGAAAUCCCCCCUCUACCUCUGCAGACACAUUCGGUGUUGAGGUUGGCAUGGAAUCUCACACAGAAGUGUGAACAUUAACUUCAGUAAGAGCUCAGGUCAGCAUAGAUUGGCAGUGUGAUUAAACUAUAAACACUCAGAGGUGCCUAGCCAUAUGCAGCCUAAUUUGAGAGUUAACUUCUCACCAAUGCAUUGCAAAGUGAUGUGAACAAUAGUCCAGUGCUCUGCUAGUUAUACUUUAGAAAAAAAUAGAUAGUUUAAAAACCAAGCUGAAGAUUUCAAUUUCAGUGAGCAAUGAAAUGUGGCACAGAGUCUUGCAUUCUUACAAAAGAAUAGUAGAUUCAAAUUUUCCGUUUGUUUUUAGCUUGUUUUGUAAAGAUAAGGGAUGUCUAGAUCCUCUUAGUUUUAAGGUUAUACUUUGGGGCUGAGGUUCAGGAAUGGCUGUGGUUCUUGCAAGAAAUUUAUGCUAGGUCUGUUCAAAAAUGAUGCAAAGGGCAGGCAUGUUUUUCAAAUAUUAGUAAUUGUAGCUGCUAAUAGCUGCAGCCUUGGAGAAAAUAGGGUCUGCUUACAUUCCACCUAAUAUCAGAACUGUAAAUGGUUAAGGCUUUGGAUAUACACUUUUAUUAAUAAGUGAUAAUUUCUUUCUGAAUAUAAGACCAGGAAAUACCAUUUCCUCUGUGCUUCGCUAAGAAGACUCACAUUGUACUUGUUUUUUAUCAAUAUGAAAAUGUACUCUAUACAGUAUCAUCUUUAGGAAAGUGGCUUUUAACAAGAACUUUGGGGUGAAUUAACUUUCAAGCAUUGUAAAACUUUUCAGAUAACUUUUGUAUUCAAAUUUAUGCUUAGAAAACAAGAGCUAAGGUGUAUGCUGUUAGACUUAAAGCAAAGUUGUUAGUGGGAGAUAUGACUGUCUUCUGAGAACUUCAAAGUGGGUAAGUAGCCUAAUGCCAGAUUGACUGACAGAUCAUAAAAGCAGCAAAAUCUGUUCAUUGGAACAAUGCAGAUUUAUACCACUUGCUGGCAGAUUUGCUGAGAGAAACGUGUUUUGGAUACACAGUCAUAAUUUUUGUAUGAAACUUGUUUGUAAAAAUUCAUACAGUCACGUUUGUUACUCGUUGAAACACAGUGGCUUUUUCCUUUUCUUUCCUCUGUCCCUAGUUAUGAAAUGCUCAGUUUCAAACACAUCUCAGGUAUUGAAAGUCAUAUGAUUAGAUCCUUAUACAGAUAGGCUUGCUGGCUGGAACCUAGCUAAGGCUGCUGAUGCCUGACACGACCCUACUUUGAGUAAGAUUUUUUGAUAUUGUUUGCUAAAUUAUUAUGUUAUGGUAAAUAAGUUAUUUUCAGUAUUGCUUGGGAAAUUAGUAACUGCAGACAUAAUCUACUAUUCAAAGUUACUGGAGCCUUCAUACUUAAUACUUUGUUUGAAAGCAACCUCUGACUCAAAGGGCUCUCAUCAACCGGCUGUCAACUGCUGUCUUCUGCUCUGCAGAGUCUGACUGCUCACAAAGAAGUAAUUUUAUAAUUUAAAAAAUGACAGUAGUGCAUUCAGCUAUUGUAGAGGUGAAUGAAUGCAGGUACAGGCCAAGAGUCAUCUCCUGUAUUUUUAUUAACUAACCUCUAGCCUUUUUACUCUUCAUAGGAGAUUCUGUGAACAAAGAUCACUAUCUGAUAUUCAGACCUCCACUGUAGAAAUGGUUUGGAGUAUUCUACUGUAACAGCAGCACACCACUUUUAGAUGUAGCUACUGCACUUUAAAUUAAUAUUAACUUAUAUGUUCUGUCAAAAGCUACAUUUAUUUCAAAAAAGAAAAACGUAGUUUUUACCAGAUUCACAGCUUUACGGAUUGCACUUUGGACUAAGGCUCCAGUUCACGAUAACAUUAGUACCCAAAGAAGUAUGUGAUUGGCAUACAAAGGGAUUUGUGCACUGUCCUGACCAUAUAGAUGAAUGGACAUGCGCACAAAUAGCUGUGUUGUGGUGGAGUAUAAAGUGAUGGAUAUGCACCCUCAGGUUUUAAAGCCCCAGAAUGCUUUCUUCCCUUGCCAGCAGGAAGUGAGUGGGUUCCGAGUCCUUAGGUUCAAUUAGUAUUUUAGUUUAAUUAGUGUGAUGCAAUAGUGUGUUGAGCAUAGUGUAGAUGCUGUAUAUUGGCGUGUAAUAUCUGUCAUUCCUUGAAUGUUAAACUUUAGGAUGUUUAAGAAAGGAUGUUUAGCUCUCAGUGAUGGCAAAUGCCCAAUUCACAGUCACUAAAAUCUCAAUAACUAGUAUGUAAGGAGUGGUGUUGGAUUUUUUUCUUCAGUCUCCAUUGAAGUCUGUAUACUGAAUGUUCGUGGAAAGUAUGUAAUAUUUUGCAACAUUAAAUUGCUUUUGGAAUAAA